CUUGAUGAUCACAUCACAUCUUAGUUUCAAUUCUUACAUCUAAAAAAAUCAUUUAAUUCAUCAGAUUUUUUGUACUGGAAUCGAUAUUGAGUCUUAAUCAAGCAGUGGAAUUUAUUGGGAGCGGUGAAAAUGGCCGGAGGUAGCGGGAGGUCGCUGGAGCAAACGCCGACGUGGGCGGUGGCCGUCGUGUGCUUCGCGUUGGUUGCGGUUUCGAUCCUGAUCGAGCACAUCAUCUACUUAAUAGGAAAGUGGUUGAAGUCGAAGAACAAAAGAGCUCUGUUUGAAGCGCUUGAAAAGAUUAAGUCUGAGUUGAUGCUGCUGGGGUUUAUAUCGCUGCUGCUAACAGUUGGGCAGACUCCGAUAUCUAAUAUAUGUAUAUCGAAGUCGGCUGGUGCGUCGUGGCAUCCGUGCAGCAAAAGCGAGGAGGAGUCGAAGGCGGUAGGCGAGGGCGACGAAGAGGAGAGCCACCGGAGAAGACUCCUGUGGAUAGAAGGCGGGGCUAGGCGGAUAUUGGCCGGCGGCGGCAGCGACAAAUGCGCUGAAAAGGGGAAAGUACCAUUUGUAUCAUCGGAUGGAAUACAUCAGCUGCAUAUCUUCAUCUUCGUUUUGGCCGUUUUUCAUGUCCUUUAUUGUAUCAUCACCAUGGCCUUGGGAAGAGCUAAGAUGAAAAGUUGGAAAGCAUGGGAGAAAGAAACAACGACCGCAGAGUACCAAUUUGCACACGACCCGGAGAGAUUCAGAUUUGCAACACAAACAUCAUUUGGAAGGAGACACCUGAGCUUCUGGAGCAAAACUCCUAUUCUACUAUGGAUUGUUAGUUUCUUCCGACAAUUUGUAAGAUCUGUUCCAAAAGUGGAUUACUUGACUCUUCGGCAUGGAUUUAUCACGGCACACCUUGCACCCCAAAGCCAUGAGCAAUUUGAUUUUCAGAAAUAUAUCAAUAGAUCGCUUGAAGAGGACUUCAAAGUGGUUGUCGGAAUUAGUCCACCAAUUUGGUUUCUCGCUGUGUUAUUCUUGCUCGCCAGUAAGCACGGCUGGUAUUCUUAUCUUUGGCUACCAUUCAUCCCCUUGAUUGUGAUAUUAGUAGUGGGGACGAAGCUACAAGUGAUAAUUUCCAAAAUGGCUCUCAGAAUACAAGAAAGGGGUGAAGUCGUUAAAGGCGUUCUUGUGGUUCAACCGGGAGAUGACCUUUUCUGGUUUAAUCGUCCACGCCUUGUACUCUACCUUAUUAAUUUUGUACUUUUUCAGAAUGCGUUUCAACUCGCCUUCUUUGCAUGGAGUUGGUUUGAAUUCGGAUUAAAAUCGUGCUUUCAUGAGCACGUGGAGGAUAUCGUAAUCAGGAUCUCAAUGGGGAUUCUCAUACAAAUACUUUGCAGCUAUGUGACUCUCCCACUUUAUGCCCUUGUCACUCAGAUGGGAUCAAACAUGAAACCGACGAUAUUCAACGAUAGAGUAGCGAGGGCGCUAAGAAACUGGCACCACACGGCCAGGAAACACGUAAAAGAAAGCCGGCAAACGACUCCGUUGUCGAGCCGGCCUGCGACGCCCUCGCGCCACACGUCGCCCAUCCACCUCCUCCGCCACUACUGCCCCGAAAUGGACAACUCCGACACGGAAUCGCCGUCUCCCAGCCGGUUCCAGCGCCCUGUCUCCCAUAUGGAUGCAGAGGUGGAGCUCAGCUCCUCACAAGAUCAUCACAUCACUAUUCACGUCUCUAAGGAAUUCUCCUUUGACAAGAGACCCACACAAAGUAAUUGAUCAUACAUUCCCAUUAUUAUAUUAUUUGUUUUUCUUCUA